GGCUAGCAGUGGUGAAGGCGGUUGUAGCGGCAGCAUGAAGCGGACCCCGACCGCCGAGGAACGAGAGCGCGAAGCUAAGAAACUGAGGCUUCUUGAAGAGCUCGAAGAUACUUGGCUUCCUUAUCUGACCCCCAAGGAUGAUGAAUUCUAUCAGCAGUGGCAGCUGAAAUACCCGAAACUGAUUCUCCGCGAAGCCGGCAGCGUACCCGAGGCGCUCCAUAAGGAGGUGCAAGAAGCCUUCCUCACGCUGCACAAGCAUGGCUGCUUCUUUCGGGACCUGGUCAGGAUCCAGGGCAAGGAUUUGCUCACCCCGGUCUCUCGCAUCCUCAUCGGCAACCCAGGCUGCACCUACAAGUACCUCAACACCAGGCUCUUCACGGUGCCCUGGCCGGUGAAGGGCGCUAGUCCGAAAUACGACGAGGCGGAUAUCGCUGCUGCCUGUCAGACCUUCCUCAAGCUCAACGACUACCUGCAGACAGAGACGAGCCAGGCUUUGGAGGAACUCGCUUGCAAAGAGAAAGCUAAUAUCGAUGCCGUGCCGGUGUGUAUCGGUCCGGAUUUCCCCAGGGUCGGGCUGGGGGCCUUUGACGGGCAAGACGAGCUGGACAUUAAGAACAGAGCCGCAUACAACGUCACUCUGUUGAAUUUCAUGGAUCCCCAGAAAAUGCCAUACCUGAAGGAGGAGCCUUAUUUUGGCAUGGGCAAAAUGGCCGUGAGCUGGCAUCACGAUGAAAAUCUGGUGGAACGGUCGGCGGUGGCCGUGUACAGUUAUAGCUGUGAAGGCCCAGAAGAGGAAAGUGAGGAUGACCCUCAGCUCGAAGGCAGAGACCCUGAUACUUGGCAUGUCGGUUUUAAGAUCUCGUGGGACAUAGAGACUCCUGGCUUGGCAAUACCCCUUCACCAAGGGGACUGCUACUUCAUGCUUGAUGAUCUCAAUGCCACCCACCAACACUGUGUUUUGGCUGGUUUACCACCUCGGUUUAGUUCCACCCACCGAGUGGCAGAGUGCUCGACCGGAACCUUGGAUUAUAUCUUAGAGCGCUGCCAGCUGGCUCUGCAGAAUGUCCGUAAUGAGGUGGACAAUGGUGAUGUUUCUUUGAAAUCCUUUGAGCCUGCAGUUCUGAAACAAGGAGAAGAAAUCCACAACGAGGUCGAGUUCGAAUGGCUGAGACAGUAUUGGUUUCAAGGCAAUCGAUACAGAAAAUGCACUGAUUGGUGGUGUCAACCCAUGACUCAACUGGAAGGACUGUGGAAGAAGAUGGAAGGCGUGAUAAGUGUGAAGUUCUACAAAAAGCCAGGCCUUCUGUCUCCCAGGUUGAUAAGGCACAAGGCAACAAAUGCUGUGCUUCAUGAAGUUAGAAGAGAGGGGGUCCCCGUGGAACAAAGGACUGAAAUCCUGACUGCCAUCCUUGCCUUGCUCACCACACGUCAAAACUUGAGGAGGGAGUGGCACGCCAGGUGUCAGUCCCGAAUUGCUCGAACCUUACCUGUGGAUCAGAAGCCAGAAUGUCGACCAUAUUGGGAAAAGGAUGAUCCUUCGAUGCCUCUGCCAUUCGAUCUCACAGACAUCGUUUCAGAACUCAGAAGUCUGCUUCUGGAAGGAAAACCCUAGAAGGAGCACAAGUCUUAGGUGGAGGAGGAAAAGUGAUUUUUGGCUUCCUUCCUCCAACCUUGCCGUGGGCUUGGGCAAGGGCAGUAUGGGUAGACUUGACCUUUAGAUCAUAGAACCUGGGUCCCCUUAGAAAGAGUAGGCCAUAGAGCCCAUGAAUGUUAAAAUGUUUAAAAAUGGCACAGUGUUAUAAUCUGAUUUGGUACGAAACAAGAACCUGCCCCCAAAAUACUGUUCCCCACUUGGAUUUUUCAUGGGAGCCAUUCAGCUCCCAAAGGCCGAGGCGGCAGGGGUGGGCCGUCUCUGGCAGAUCCCAGCCUACUUUCCACCUUCCCCAGCCUUUUCAGAAACUCUAGAAGACUCUGAAGUCAUCCGGGGGAAGACAGAACCUAGAUACCGUCCCUGCCCCCAUUUCUCACCACGCCCUCUAGAGGCUGCGCUGUCCAAUAUGGUAGCCCGUAGCUGGGUGUGGCUUCUUAAAUCCAGUUUCCAUUGUAAUUAAAAAUCCCGUUCCUCAGCCGCUUAAUAAAGCCACACGUGUCUCGUGACUCGUGUAUUGGGCAACACAGAAGCAGAACAUUGUCAUCAUUGUGGAAAGACCUGUUGGAUAACGCUUCUCUAAAAAGUCUGAGAGCAGGAAAUUCUCUUCUCCACUUGUCUGUAGCCACCAUCCCCAUAGGUGGAAGGAAUGAAAAGAGAAACGCGUCAUUGGAGAGCGGCCACUGUCCCUUCUGUGAGCCUGACCUAAGUAGAAGCCCGAGUUAUGAGUUCUGUACUCUGCCCCCAGGAAUGAGGAGGUGGUGGAAAUUAAAAUACACCUGACGUCUGUCAUUGGGAAGUUUCCCUGAGCUAACGAAAGAGACACAGCCCUGUUUGCAUUGCUUCAUGGAUUUAGCCCGCACGUGCAUUUUUCUAGAAUUCCCUCAUCCAUGUGUAAUGACAGGUGGGAUCGAGGCCCGAGGAGCCCCAGUGCCGCGUCCUGAUGACAUCCAUGCGUCAGAGAGGCGACGUGUAUGCCCUGGCUUUAAAGUGCCUGGAUCAAAAUGCGCACUGGCUCCGUGACUUUUGGCGUGUCCCUGUGCCUCAGUUUCCUUACCCAUAUGACGGGGAUACUAAAGGCACCAACUCACAAGGGGAAGAGUAAACAGAAUAACCUAGCUACAGGUGUAGAACAACUUCUGACAGGUAGUUAGCUACCCGAUAAAUAUUAGUAUUCUUCUGUAUCCAUGAGCUGACCCGAUGUAGGUGUCCUCCCCUCCUUCCUCUGCCCUCGUGCUGAUUUUGUCUCGUGACGCCAUUGUCACAUCUCUCCCUUUCUGGCUUGGCUCCUGCCCUGUGGUGACCCCAGAAAUCGCGAGAAUAGUUAGCCCCUCACCCCAGCCCGGGGCCUUCUCUUGUAGUGGUUUACCGUAGUGUGGAAGCUGAAAGGCUCUUCUGCCCGCUGAGGGGGGCGCACGGAGAAGCAGACUCUCUCCGGCCAUCAGAAUCCCCCGGGUUCAAGGUGGCGUUCACGUCCACGGAGCUGGCUGACCGCUGAAGGGCCGCCUGACACAGAGCGGCCAGGGCUUCGUGGUCUGGAGCCUUGGUUCCCUCGGACCACUCAUGAAUUCCCUGAUGCCCUGAGCCCCGUUGGUGAAGGAGAGAGGGAGUGCGGCCUCACCGGGCUGUCGUGGAGAUGACAUGCUCUCCGGGAGGUACGGAGCGUGUGACACCGAGAAAUCACAGCCCCGGCGCCCGGGCCGCGUAGCCUCUGCUGCUGUAUUUACCGCCCGUGCUUGUCCUGUGUUACGUUUCAUGAGGUGCCCAUAUUCCGGAAUUGGGAGAUUCCCUACAAAGUACCAACGUGUGCAUUCUCUCUAGAACUCAGAACAUCUGGCAGCGCUCGCCCUCCGUCCUGGCGUGGCAACGAGCUAGGUGGCGUCUUCUCGCUCUGGGGGGGGGGACAUGAGCCCUCCCUGGCCCCGGGUGCUCCCUGUUAUCAUUUAUCAUCACCCUGACCCUUAGUGGUCAGCAUUCUCCACACCUGCUUGCUUGCACCCCUACGGUAGAAAUAGGUAAUCAUGUUUAGUGCUUUCC